AUGCCACUGCUCCAUGGCACCCCGGUGCUUCCCCUGUCCUCCUGUCAUGAUCAUCUGACUGUCCAUCUCACCCCAGACUGUAGGCUCCUGAGGGCAGGGCCGUGGGACUCCCCGCCCCGCCACCCCGUUCAUGCUCAGUGUCUGACACAGGACACACUCCUAGUAGUUUUAUUUUUGUGGGAUGAGAGUUGGGACACCGUGAAGGGCAGCCAGUCUGAGAGGAGGGAGCAGGUGUUACGUGGGGGUGGGGGAGGCAGGGGCCUCGGCCCUGACGGGACACGACGGGGGUGCUGUUGGUGCAGACACCCACAUUUCCUCUGUCCCCCGCAGGAACUCAGCAAAAGGUUCACUGCGAUCCGCAAGACCAAGGGGGACGGGAACUGCUUCUACCGGGCCUUGGGCUACUCCUACCUGGAAUCUCUGCUGGGGAAGAGCAGGGAGAUACUCAAGUUCAAAGAGCGUGUCCUGCAGACCCCAAACGACCUUCUGGCUGCUGGCUUCGAGGAGCACAAGUUCCAAAACUUCUUUAAUGCUUUUUACAGCGUGGUAGAGCUCGUGGAGAAGGACGGCUCCGUGUCCAGCCUGCUGAAGGUGUUCAACGACCAGAGCUCCUCGGACCGAAUCGUGCAGUUCCUGCGCCUGCUCACGUCAGCCUUCAUCAGGAACCGCGGAGACUUCUUCCGACAUUUCAUCGAUGAGGAGAUGGACAUCAAAGACUUCUGCACUCAUGAAGUGGAACCCAUGGCCAUGGAGUGUGACCACAUCCAGAUCACGGCCCUGUCCCAGGCACUGAACAUUGCCCUACAGGUGGAGUAUGUGGACGAAAUGGACACGGCCCUGAACCACCACGUGUUCCCCGAGGCUGCCAUCCCUUCCGUUUACCUGCUCUAUAAAACAUCCCACUACAACAUCCUUUAUGCAGCCGAUAAACGUUGAUUAAAUUUGAGGCCAUGCAGUGGAGCCUGUCACCUAACGGGACUGCAUUCUGAAUGGAGCGUUACAGCUUUUCAAUUUUUUUAAGCGAUUUAGACUAUAGUUAGAAAAUGUGCAACAGCCUUUUGGGCAAAGUCACUGGGAAUAAGGCCUACUCACUACGGACUGGUGGUAACUUGGCGAUAUUUUUAAUAUUUAUUUUCAGGGAGGAUCAAAUGUUUUCUAACUCUGGGCUAGGAAGCCAUAUGCCCUGGCUCUACCCCAGUUCUGAGACCUUGAAUAGGACACCUCCUCUCUCUGGGCCCAAUUCUUCAUCUGGAGGAGGUUCCUGCCAGUGUUGACAUUCCACUGUUGUAUAAAGCUGGGGUCCUCUGGUUUAUUUUCACCAGGGGCAGUGCCUCUCUGUAGGGGAAGAAAAGCUCAGGAUCAGCUGUCUUAUGUGACUUAACCAGUUCUAUAAAAAAUCAAGUCCAGUCAGCUGUUGGACUGGACUUUGGUGCACGGUGAAUGGAGGCCAAUUUGAAUGCGAGGGCUUCAGUGUACUUCCAAGCAUUCGUGACAGUGUUUUCUUACCCCUAACUUGAGGAAAAAGAUACUUUUAUGCCAAAGUCUAGAAAGAGGCCUGUAACCAUCAGCAUGAAGCCCAAGUUGUUGGGCCCCUCUAUCUCCCUCAGGGCCAGGACUGCCUGCCUUCUGGUGGGCAGCCCUGCAGGGUUCUGCCGCCAGCCCCACCUGGACAGACACUGAGAAAGACUACGGUCUGGGACCAAGAAGGUGUCUCAUCGUCCCCAACACAUCCUGGAAGCAGAAUAUGGAUACUCAGCCAGGUGAAGACAUCGAUCAGCACAUGCAGCCGUAGACUCCAGCUGAGCGCAACAGACAAGGUUUUCUGAGGCCGUCUUUGGCUUCCUUUCCCCUUUCCCCACUUCUGUUUGGCUUAUGUGCCGGCUAGAUGUUAGGUGGGAAAGAACAGAGAUAAGCCGAGGAGACUGACAGUGGGGGAGAUCACCACUGGGGAAAACUGCCUGGUAGCCAAGAGCCCGGGCUCUUGCCAGCCUCCUUGUUGAUCCACAUGGACACGCCCCUUAACCUCCUCCCCUUGCUGCCUCAGGAUCUCGAGGAGCCCUGGCUGGGCUGGGGCACUGCCAGCAAGCUCUCUUCCUCUCUGGGAAGAAAUGGAGAAUGCAGGGGUGUGGAAUUGCCUUCCUUAAUCGAAGGCCUCACAGGUUCCAUUCUGCAGGGAUUUAUUAGAAUCUGUUGGUGCUGCAGUGCCAGACUGUGGUGUCUGCCGACAGCCAAACUGUGCACCAGGAGGACUGGGUAACAGACUGCUCCCAAUCCUUGUAUACAAAUGUCAGAUUUGUAUCAGUCUUCCGCCUUUGUGAAAACUGAUGUCAGGGUGCUUUUAAUCCCAGGCAGGGACCCAGGUUCCCAUACUGCCCUUGGCUGGAACUUGGACCCCAAGGGCUCAAGCUAGGUGACUGUCACUUUUUCACAGGAAUGUAAAGCUGACCCUGAUCUCUGAAUUGGUUCAGCGGUCCCACCUUGCUCUGGGUACGAGUGCUGUGACAAGUGUACUGUAAGAGUGGGGUAACGUGUUACAUGAUUUGUGAGUAUCAGGAGCCCUGUUUCCAAACUAAAGGACACUGAGCUGAAUCUUGGCUGCUCUGAGCAGUUGUGAGAUGGGUCCUGGGCCUCCAGCUGGGCUCUCAAGCACAGUAUAAUCAGCACGGGCUGCCACUUAACUGCAUUUGUAGCUUGUGUAGCAUUCAGAAAAGCAAAGCUUUCUCUUUGGCAGACAGGCUGGAGAAAUUCCCUCUGAGGUGUGUCUGUGCUGUGUUUCCAGGCCUGAGAGGCUGCCAGUGCGCAUGUGGGACCCUCUUGCCAGGAGAGAUCCUAUCAGUUUAGAAUCAGAAUGCUCAAGAGAGGCAGGCUGUUUUCAUGACCUUCCUCUCUGCUCUCCCAUUUUUCGUAAAACCAUUGGCCAAAUCCAAACCACUGCUCUCCUCCCUUCACAUGUGCCCUCAGAUCUUGCCUCUGAAGGGAAAGCACUAUGGAGGAAAGGAGCGGCAGAAUUCAGAGAAGCUUUAAGUAACGAAUGUAAAA